GACGCUGCUGGCCCUGGGCUGCCACGUGGGGAUGGCGGACGAGAAGGCCGAGGAGAACCUCAAGAAGAUCAAACUCCCCAAAACGUACACCAUGUCCAACGGGUACAAACCCGCCCCCCUGGACCUGUCCCACGUGCGCCUGACACCGGCACAGCUGACGCUGGUCGAUCGCCUGGCCGAGAACGGGCACAACGUCUGGGCCCGGGACCGCGUGCAGCAGGGCUGGACCUACAGCACCACACAGGACAUCAAGAACAAGCGGAACCCCCGGCUGGUGCCCUACAACCUGCUGGACGAGGGCACCAAGGCCACGAACCGCGAGAGCCUCUGCCAGGCCGUGCGGACCCUGCUGGGCUACGGCUACAACAUCGAGCCCCCCGACCAGGACACCCCUGCCCAGGGGGUGCCCUCGGGGGGUCCCCGUGCCCCCCGGCCUCGCCUGUUCCGAGCCGAGCGUGGCUCCGCCGUGCGCAGUGGGAAGUGGUACUUCGAGUUCGAGGCCGUGACCCCCGGGGAGAUGCGCGUGGGGUGGGCACGGCCCGGGCUGCGCCCCGACACCGAGCUGGGCGCCGACGACAUGGCCUUCGUCUUCAACGGGCACAGGGCCCAGCGCUGGCACGUCGGGGGGGAGUCCUUUGGGCGCCCCUGGCAGGCAGGGGACGUGGUGGGCUGCCUGAUCGACCUGGGCGAGUGCCACAUGAGCUUCACCCUCAACGGGGAGGUUCUCAUCGGGGACGGCGGCUCCGAGGUCGCCUUCAGGGACUUCGAGGUGGCAGACGGGUUUGUGCCCGUGUGCAGCCUGGGCCUGGGCCAGGAGGGGCACCUGAACCUGGGCCAGGACGUGGGCACCCUGCGCUACUUCGGCAUCUGCGGCCUCCAGGAGGGCUACGAGCCCUUUGCCAUCAACAUGAAACGCCCCAUCGCCCUCUGGUUCAGCCACAGCCUCCCCCAGUUCGUGCCAGUGCCCCCCCAGCACCCCCAGCUCGAGGUGACCCGUCUGGAUGGCACAGUGGACACUCCUGCCGUGCCUGCGGCUGGGCCAGCGCCCCCCCAGCGCCCCCGGGGCCCCCCCCGAGCUGCUGUUCCUGCGGCUGAGCCUGCCCGUGCAGUUCCACCCCACGUUCCGCUGCACCCCCGGGACCACCCCUGCCCCAGGCGCCCCCCGGAGCCCCCUGAGGAGGCGGCGGCCGAGCCCCUGUCCGAGUUCGAGCGCCUGCGCCGCUCGGCCGCGCCCCGAGGGCAGGAGGGGGACGAGACCCCCGAAAAGGGGGGAUCCCCCCCCGCGGGAAACAACCGGGAGCAGCCCCGGGGAGAGGGGGACAAGGACAGGGACAGGGACAAGGAGAAGGACAAGGACGGCGGCACCGAGAAGGGCAAGGCCAGGAGGGGGUUCCUGUUCAAGGGGCGGAAGGCGCCGUUCUCGCCCCUCGCGCCUCCCCCG